GUUUCAUGACCUUUCGUAUAUUUACUUAGCCGUGGAGAUAAAAAAUUCUCCUGCUUUAAUAAAACGAAAAAAUGCCGUUGUAUAAUGCUCCUGUUUGCACGGGGUUAGCUCUUGUUAUCUCAGUUACAUCUUUAUAUUCUAAUUUCCCUCCCCCUUCAGUUACAAACAGUUUAAAGAACUGGCCUAUACUUUUUGCAAAGAGUACGAUAUGUUGCUCCUCUCCUCUUUUUCUCGUAUUGUAUCUAUUGUUAUUAAAUACUUUUGCGUCUUUGGAAAGAGCUUACGGCUCACGCAAGUUCUCAUCUUUUCUUACCGUUUCUGUUACUGUUGAUGCCUUGUUAAAGUGUUUGAGUUUCAUUACUUUAAAAAUUCCUUGCGGAUCGUGGCCCCAAGGACCAUUCUUUGCUCUGUUUUCUUGCUUUUAUUUGUAUGCUCGUCACAUUCCUGCAAGAAACUUUAUUAAAAUCUAUUCGAAAUACACAAACGAAAAAAUCAUUCCCUUUUCGCUCUGUCUUUUUCUCUUCUCGUGCUCUUUUCCUUUUGGUCUUAUUAACGGCUUUGCAGGAUUGUUAUUUGGUUAUAUUUAUUACUCAAAUUUUGGAAAGAUCGCGGAAUUUCGGCUACCCAAACUUAUUGCCAAUAUAUUCUCCACAUUUCUCACUUUUCUUUCAUUUUCUCCUUCUGAGAAAGAAAAUAAGAAUGAACAAGUUCAAGAAACCUUGCCAGAUGAUACCGCGAAUGAAAACUUAUUAAACACCGAGCCGCGUGACACAGGAGAGCCACACACAAAAUUAUCUGCUCCUUCGGAAGAACUUAUUGAAAAGUUAGUUUUGAUGGGUUUUAAAAGGGAGGCAGCUAUUGAAGCUUUGGAAGAUUCGAAUAGCAAUCUCGAAAGGUUUAUCAUAAUUUUAAAAUAUUUAAAUUAUUAAAUAAAGAAAGAUUUGUAGGGCUUUAGUAUAUCACCUUUUAUAUAAAGAAAACCCUCUUAUGGAUUAAUAUUUUUAC